AUGGAUAAGUCGCCAAAGUCCCAGUCACCCGGGCUACUGCAGGCUACCUCUGCUGCCGCGUCGUCGCAACCACCGGAUUACUUGGGCCAACUGGACCCCAUGGUGCUAGAUCAGCAACUUCGAGAAUUGACGCGACUGCUUCAAAUUUUCCAUCCCCUCCUCGCGUCGAUUCCGUGGUCUGGAAACAGCAGGAUCUCCGACUCCGACGUCUCCAACUCCUCUGACGUCAAGGCGUCGAGCAAGAACCUCGAAGAACAAGAAAUCAAAAUGAAUUGCGGAGUGUCGCAAAUCUGCUGUUUUGCACCUUUUUUCGCCAUCUCCUCUCGCACCAGAGUACGCCGUUUCGGCGGAGAUGGCGGUGGUGGUGGUGGUGGUGGUGAUGAUGAUGGUGAUGACUCGACCGAACGCCUGCACAUUCUGCAGGACGAGCUGACCCGUCUGCGCGAGGUGAUCGACCGCAAGAGCCUACUCUCCGCGUACACGCCUUCCCCGUUGUCGCGAAGCGCCGCCGCAGCCUCGAAUCACAAUCACUCCGCAAGCACGUCGCCUGGGUCGCUUCAACACGUUGGGCUAAGUGACAUCGGUUACCCUGACAGCGGUCGCUGCUACUGGCCCAACUGUUCACACACCGCCACCUCGCCAUCUGGUGUGACCGCGUACCCUGCGUGUUUCGUGAGCAGAGUUUGCGUUUUGUUUACCUGCGCGUUGCCUGCCACCUUCCGGACGUGUACACCGCCGCACGCUUGCCCCGUCGCGUUCCAAGGUCGCGCGGAAUUACGACGACAACGACGACGACGCCUCAAGGUCACUCGCGCUUAUGAUAGCGCGCUUGUUUGA